AUGAAAAGGAGAAAGAACGGGAUGGCCGCGGAGCGAUGGACGGGAUCGUCAGCGGAGAAGGCGCAAGACUUCCAGGUCUCCAUCACCAUCAUCGAGGCCAGAAGACUGGCCGGACUCAACAUGGAUCCCAUGGUUCAGGUCCAGGUGGACGGAUACAAGAAGUACACCCACGCUCGCGAGAGCACGAACUGUCCCUACUACGACGAAUAUUUCGUGUUCGACUUCAACCUGCCGUCGGCGGAACUCCUCGACAAACUCAUCACGCUCACCGUGAGUCUCACGGAUUUUUUUCGGGUUUUCCACUGUCGGAAGUGGCUGCGACCCGGCCCAGUCGUGGGAACCUUCAAGCUGGACCUCUGGACCGUCUACCACGCGCCAGGCAAGCAGCUAAUAAUUAGCCAAUCGUUCCACCACAAAUGGGCUGUGCUGCUGGACCCCGACGACCCCGGAGGUGGCCCGAGGGGGUACCUCAAGGUGGACAUCGGGGUCACCGCCCGGGGGUGUCCCCUCAAGGUGCCCCCCAAGAAGGAGAAGGAGGACGACGAGAUCGAAGAGUGA